AUGUAUAUUGCAGGUCCAGUUGAUGAAUGUGUUGCAAAAGUGACAGGAUUUUCCUGGAUAUUAGAAAGCAUAACAGUUUGGAUAUCCUUGAUUUCCGUAGAUAACAUCUGCCAACAAAGAUUAAGCGCAAGAAGAUGUACCAACACCAAACCCAUGUUCUUUCGCUCCUUGAUGAUCACAGAAACAAAAUGUCUCAUCAUCCUUCCCUGCAAGCCCACCGGUCGUGAGAGUUCUAGAGAAACAAGGAGCAAGGUUGAUUUUUCCGGCGAGGAUGAACGUUUAGAUUGUACCUUAUGGAAUUCAAUGGCCGAGGAAAUGCUGAAGCAUGCGAGAGUGAUGGAGAUGAAAGGGUCAUUUGUCUAUUAA